GUGAUGGCUGUGCCACCUGGGCCUCUGCAGCUGCUGGGAGUGCUGCUCACCAUUUCCCUAAGCUCCAUCAGGCUCAUUCAGGCUGGUGCCUACUAUGGGAUCAAGCCACUGCCACCUCAAAUUCCUCCUCAGAUGCCACCGCAAAUUCCACAAUACCAGCCCCUGGGCCAGCAAGUACCUCACAUGCCUUUGGGCAAAGAUGGCCUUGGCAUGGGCAAGGAGAUGCCCCAUUUGCAAUAUGGCAAAGAGUAUCCACACCUACCCCAGUAUAUGAAGGAGAUUCAACCGGUGCCAAGAAUGGGCAAGGAAGCAGUACCCAAGAAAGGCAAAGCAGAAAUACCAUUAGCCAGUUUACGAGGAGAACAAGGUCCCCGUGGAGAACCUGGCCCAAGAGGACCACCUGGGCCCCCUGGCUUGCCAGGUCAUGGGAUACCUGGGAUCAAAGGAAAACCAGGGCCACAGGGAUAUCCAGGAAUUGGAAAGCCAGGUAUGCCUGGAAUGCCUGGAAAGCCAGGAGCCAUGGGAAUGCCUGGGGCCAAGGGCGAAAUCGGACCCAAAGGGGAAAUUGGGCCAAUGGGGAUCCCAGGACCACAAGGACCUCCAGGGCCUCAUGGACUUCCUGGCAUAGGGAAGCCAGGUGGGCCAGGGUUACCAGGGCAACCAGGAGCAAAGGGUGAGAGAGGACCCAAAGGACCACCAGGACCUCCAGGCCUUCAGGGUCCUAAAGGAGAGAAAGGCUUCGGGAUGCCAGGCUUACCUGGCCUGAAGGGUCCUCCAGGUAUGCAUGGCCCUCCUGGCCCUGUCGGACUGCCAGGAGUGGGAAAACCAGGUGUGACAGGCUUCCCUGGGCCCCAGGGCCCUCUGGGGAAGCCAGGACCUCCAGGGGAACCUGGCCCACAAGGCCCUAUCGGGGUGCCAGGGGUUCAAGGACCUCCUGGAAUACCUGGAGUUGGAAAGCCAGGCCAGGAUGGGAUCCCUGGCCAACCAGGAUUUCCAGGUGGCAAGGGGGAGCAAGGACUACCAGGGCUGCCAGGACCCCCAGGUCUUCCAGGAAUUGGGAAACCAGGCUUCCCAGGACCUAAAGGUGACCGGGGUGUGGGGGGUGUUCCUGGGGCUCUUGGACCAAGAGGAGAGAAAGGACCAGUAGGUGCCCCUGGAAUGGGAGGACCCCCAGGAGAGCCAGGCCUGCCUGGAAUCCCAGGUCCCAUGGGCCCUCCAGGUGCUAUUGGUUUCCCUGGGCCCAAAGGAGAAGGUGGGGUUGUGGGGCCACAGGGGCCACCAGGUCCCAAAGGCGAGCCAGGGCUUCAAGGCUUCCCAGGAAAGCCAGGUUUUCUUGGUGAAGUAGGACCCCCUGGCAUGAGAGGUUUGCCAGGUCCUAUAGGGCCCAAGGGGGAAGCUGGGCAUAAAGGAUUGCCUGGGCUCCCUGGUGUUCCCGGGCUGCUUGGACCCAAGGGAGAACCAGGCAUUCCAGGGGAUCAGGGGCUACAGGGCCCCCCAGGUAUCCCAGGCAUUGCAGGCCCUAGUGGCCCCAUUGGACCUCCUGGGAUUCCAGGCCCCAAAGGGGAACCAGGCCUUCCAGGGCCUCCUGGGUUCCCUGGUGUAGGCAAGCCUGGAGUGGCAGGCCUUCAUGGCCCCCCAGGGAAACCAGGUGCCCUCGGUCCUCAAGGCCAGCCUGGCCUUCCAGGGCCCCCAGGUCCUCCAGGGCCCCCGGGCCCACCAGCUGUGAUGCCCCCUACACAACCACCCCAGGGAGAGUAUCUGCCAGAUAUGGGGCUGGGAAUUGAUGGUGUGAAACCCCCCCAUGCCUAUGGGGCUAAGAAAGGCAAGAACGGAGGCCCAACUUACGAGAUGCCCGCGUUUACUGCUGAGCUGACCGCACCUUUCCCGCCGGUGGGAGCCCCAGUGAAGUUUGACAAGGUGCUCUAUAACGGCAGACAGAACUACAACCCGCAGACGGGCGUCUUCACCUGUGAGGUCCCCGGCGUCUACUACUUUGUAUACCACGUUCACUGCAAGGGAGGCAACGUGUGGGUUGCUCUGUUCAAAAACAACGAGCCCAUGAUGUACACAUACGACGAGUACAAGAAGGGCUUUCUGGACCAGGCAUCUGGGAGUGCUGUGCUGCUGCUCAGGCCCGGGGACCGCGUGUUCCUCCAGAUGCCCUCAGAACAGGCUGCGGGACUGUACGCCGGGCAAUAUGUUCAUUCCUCGUUUUCAGGAUAUUUAUUAUAUCCCAUGUAAAAAAGAAAAAGAAAAAGAGAGAUUUAAUAGAAGACAAGAAAAUGAUGCAACAAAAAAUUCAGAUGAAAAACAUAAUUGCUUCAGAACAUUUAUAUAGUUGGAAAGUUAUAUUUAAGUGAAAAUUCAGACCAUCAUGUACAAAUAAAAACUAAGAUGC